AAGUAAAAAUGGAUAAAAAAGAGAAAGAAUCAUUUAUAUAUAAAGGAAAAAAAUCGAGAACAAAAAAUCCGUUGGAAUUCCAGCAGCAACAGCCGAAACAUUUCCAAUGUACAUCUCAUCUCAAAAACAGCGAUCUCUCUCCUGAUACUAAAAGUUCAACCAAAUCAGUCACUCCAAUGAAGCUAAAUGACAAAAAUAACAAGAAUCUUCAAUCGUCAAGUAAUUUGGACCCAUCCAAAUCACCACAAGUUACUCCAACCAAGCUCACCAGCAAAAAUAACAAGAACAUUCAGUCACCAAGUAACUUCGAUCCAUCCAAAUCAACACAAGUCACUCCUUGUAAGGUCACACGUAAAGAUGCUGAGAAACUACAAACCUCAAAUGACCUGAAAUCACCACCCUUCACUCCAACAAAGCUCUUCACUGGAUACUCUCCACCAAUAUCGCCAUCUCCAAAUAAACGGUUUAAAAGUUCUCCUUCUCCAACUCUAAUUGGAAAUCUACAUUCUGCUAUUUGAUGACUACAUAGUGACGGUUAACUCAAUUAUAUCUAAAUCUGGUAAUGAAUUCAUUGAUGUUUUGAUGAAAACCACGGAAACAGAAAACGCAAUCAUUCGAAUCAUGAAAAACUUAAAUUUAAGCAUAUCAAUUGGAUUGUUGACAGGUUACAAGUCUUCAUCGCAACCAGUGCAGUUUUCAAACCUUUAACCUUCUUCCACCACAGGAACGUUUUUCUUCAAUUCUUUCCGGGGGAGCAGAAUUCAAACUUCGAAUCAGGUGACAUUCUCGUAUGAUUCUAGUGCAGUUACAAUAAAAGAAAUCCUGUGUCAAAACGUUGGAACCUAUGAUGUUGUUGGAUCGUUAAAAUGGCUCAAAGAAUUGAUAAUGGUAACAACUUCAAAUGGAAAAUUGCCUCUACGUGAGGCGGUUCUUUAUGACGGAACAGGAAUGAUUUAAUUGAUUCUGUUAUUGAGGAAAAGCAAUACAGUAUCACAAAUCUUAGUCUAAGGAACUUUUAUGGAGAGAAAUUGUCGACUACAAAAGUAACCACAUUCUCGGUUCUAGAUUCCAACGAUACUUCACCGAUUUUGAGCGCUGUUAGAUAUCAAACUUAUCUGUCAGAUGAAAUGACAACAAAAAUCGUAAAUUAAUUAUGUUUUCCAGAGAUCAUAAAUUUGGAGCUUGAAGUAAUUGUAUGAUUUUGUGGAUAAAGUUAAAAAAAUGGUUCAGAUCAGGGAGUAUAAUAUUUUGUUAGAAGAUAGCACCAUUUCGGAUAUUAUCGCCUGACUAAGAACUAUUAGAUUCGUGAAAUUUUUUCUAUCUUUCUAUACUUAAAUGGAAUGAUACUAUGCGUCUAUUACUUGACAAAGACAGUUUCAGUAUUCUAUUCGAAAAUACUUCUUUUGCAUAACAACGAUACUUUCAAAGGCGUUGCUCACCCGUCUCAAGCUGUUCUAGUUUUAGUAUUAUCUUCACAAAGUGAGUAAGAGAACUUAGACUUUGAAACUCUAACCCUGGUCUGUAUAAAAUUAAAAAUUAACAAUUUCUAACUUGAAUAAUGUGACAAAUUGGCUCAAACAACAUUGAGAAUGCUUGAUUCAACUGAGCUUUCAAUCGAUUGGUGAUCUGUUUGAUUUAUGAAUUACAGUCAUGGCUACUAAGGUGCUUACGAUAGAUUUGUUUUGAAAAGGUUUACUUCUUGAAAAAUUUUAAAAGAGAAAGACAAGAAUGGUGAAGUUACGAAAGAAAUUAUCCAUAUGUAUAAAACUAACGUUCUUUUUCACAACGUUGAUUACAAUAAGCAGCACCACUGUACAACGUAUGAGAAACUCACAAAAUUUCAACAACGUUAAAGUUGCUUGGAUAAACUUUGCAAAAUAUACCGAAAGAUAUUUCAACGCUACUGCAUUUCAUGAACAAAAAGUUACGAGUGUUGCAGUUUGUCAAAGGUUGUGUAUACUCAAUGAAGCGUGUAAGAGUAUGAAUUUGUUACCAACAAGUAAUGAUUUGCAAUGCGAACUGUUUACUAAGAACUUUCACAGUGAUCCUUGCAAACUGGAAAGACACACCUCCGCAACACAUUACACUAUCUCGAAUCCAUGCACAAAAGAUGACACGAUAUGUCCAAAACACCAGAGGUGUAUUCCAGACCAUUCCAUGAUGUCACACAGCUGCAAAAACAAAACAAACCUAGCAGUAGGACAGUGGUGCCCAACAAACAAUAAAAGUUCUUGGGUUUUCCAUGAAGUAUAUCUAAGGACGCCUUUUUGUCUGUUAUGUGACGGAAACAACCCCCUAGGUUCGCUUGUUAUUUUACACAUGAAAAGAGGAGGAGAUUUUAACCGAAGCUGGGAAGAGUACAGACUCGGAUUUGGAGGAAGCUCUUACUUUUAUAUCGGACACAAGUUGGUAAAAGCAACAACCAAGGCGUUCCCUACUGAGUUGUAUGUGCAUAUGUCUGGUCCAAUGGGUACAUAUGAGUUUUAUUACGAGAACUUUAAACUUGAGAAUGACCAUUCUAAUUUCAAGUUGUUAACAGUAAAUGGAUACCAUUUAUUGUCGAACGAAGAAGGACAAGCAGAUCUGAUAGAUGAAUUCUCUACUUCCGUAGACAGAGAAUUCAGUACGUAUGAUUAUGGAGAACACCAAACAACUGCUAGGGAAGAGAAAGCUGGAAAUUGGUAUGCUGGUACGGCGAAUUUCUUCACCGGAUAUUGGAAGCAAAAAACAAAUGAUGACCCAAACAAGUUCUUUACCGAUAUUGUUCUCAAAGUGAAAAGAAAAGAGACAUAAAAUGUGCGCAUGUACUCCUAACCUUAGCAUGUCGCGUUUUGAUAUACACAAACAGCUAGUACUGAAACCCACAACAAGGUAAUAAUGAAAUACACAACAGAAACAAAAUACACGAUGUUAUUAAACUCCUUAAUUCAUGUUACUGUUUCACCUUUAUAAAUAGUUUACCUUUUAAUGUACAUAUGAUAGUUUUUGCCUUUUUUAAAUUUUUUCUAUCACUUACACUUACACUUGUAAAUAAAUAUGUUAUCCCACAGUCUUCCAUUGUUCAUGUUCUUUUGCGAUAUUUUAUUGGAUAUUUUAAAAUCACGUGAUCGAUCUAUAUAAAGAUGGCCUUGUUUUGUAGCGAUGCACUGAAAUGUA